AUGGUUCGACCGAUCAACGAAUUCAUGCCGAACACGAUUGAUCCGAUGAAUCCCGUCAAACCGACUCGCCACGACGAGGCGCUCACGUGCGGCGCCAAGGUGAAACGUUGGUGCAAGAAGUAUCUUUUCGAAGGACAACAUUUGGACGAUGAGCUAGCCGACAAGAUGGCCAAUUUGCCGGCGAAUCCGACAAUCGGCGAGCUGCUCCUCAUCAAGCAUCGCAAGUUCGUCGCAAUGCUGAUUCCGUUCGGAUUGAUCUGGCUUGUCUGGUGGUCGGCGGCGAUUCGCCACAACUUCUUCCAAUACUAUGCCGAUUACUGGCACAUGCCCGUCACAAUGGUUUUGGGCUCGUUCGUCGGCGGCAUGACGUCGGAAGGAUCAGGCGCCGUUGCGUUUCCCGUCAUGACGUUGGCACUUCACAUUGCGCCCGAAAUCGCAAGAGACUUCUCGCUCAUGAUCCAAUCCAUCGGAAUGACGUCGGCGCUCGUCUGUGUGCUCUUCAUGAAGGUGAAGUUCGAGCAUCGAGCGGUCGCCAUCGGCGCACUCGGCGCCGUGCCGGGCUUCAUCAUCGGCGUCCACUAUAUCGAUCCCAUGUUCACGGGACCACAAAAGAAAAUGCUGUUCGUCUCGAUUUGGACGGCGUUCGCGUUCGCGUUGGGAAUCCUCAACGCGCAAAAGAAGCGUUCGACGUUCGCCGAGAUUCCCGAGUUCUGCGUGUGGAAGGCGUUCGUCCUACUCGUCACCGGCGUCAUCGGCGGCGUCUUCGACGCGUUCGCCGGCUCCGGCAUCGACAUUUGCAUCUUCUCGAUCGUCACAUUAUUAUUCCGUGUCACCGAAAAGACGGCAACGCCGACAACCGUCGUCCUCAAAGGAAUCAUCGCGGUAUUCGGCUUCUACUAUCGCGCUGUGAUGAUGGGCGACAUUGACGCGACGGCGUGGCGCUACUUCCAGACGUCGGUGCCGGUGUCGGCCGCCGCCGGACCGAUCGGCUCAUUCGUCGGCUCCCAUUUGCAUCGCCAACUCAUCGCCGGCUUCGUGUACGUCCUCGAGCUCAUCGCGCUCGUCGGCUUUUUGUUCACGCGUCCCGCGUGGACGCUCAUCGUCUUCGGCGGCGUCAUCAUUCUCGGCGGCUUCGUGUUCUUCUCGAUCGUCUCGAAACUCGGCGCCGUCCUCAUGGAAAAUAUCGAGCGGCGGCACGCGAAAGAUUGUGUCAUUAAUGGGAACAUUUAA